AAUCGAUAGUGUUACAUCGAUGAUCGAUCAGACUCUAAUUUCCACUCAGUUUUACAAUGUAUAGAAUAUAGUUAUAUUUUAUCUAUAAUGGACGUGUACGCUCGCCUGCGUUUUCCACUUUUAUUUUUAACACUCAAUCAUCUUUUGGUCGUAGGCACGCAAGCAUUGACAUACAAACUUAACGAUGGGAACGAAAUACCUGCGAUCGCCCUCGGGACUAGCCUGGGACAUUUAGCUGAUGGAACACGGGUCCUGCCGGUAAACCACUCUCUGGCUAGAGCAGUACAAUGGGCGCUGGAAGCUGGGUACCGACACAUCGACACUGCCUCCCUUUACCGCGUCGAGGACGAAGUCGGCCUCGGUGUACGAAAUUUUAUUAACAAAAGUGAAGCUACAAGGCAAGAUGUGUACAUUACUACGAAGUUGUGGAACGACGCCCACGGUCGCGAUGAGGUGUUGCCAGCGCUGUGGAAGUCUCUCGAAGAACUCGAGAUGGAGUACGUGGACCUCUAUUUAGUUCACUAUCCGAUGGGAUACAAUAAAGACGGAUCCAUCAGUAACACGGAUUACUUGACGACUUGGCAAGGAAUGGAGGAAGCUAAGAUGAUGAACCUGACCAGGUCCAUCGGAGUAUCUAACUUCAACAUCACACAGAUGCAAAGACUUUGGGAGAAUUCGAUUAUCAAACCAGCCGUAUUGCAGACUGAGGUAAAUCCAACAAUCACUCAAAAUGAACUCGUGAACUGGUGCCAUGAACAUGGUGUUGUCGUUAUGGGAUACAGUCCAUUCGGUGCUGUGCUUGGACGCAAGAAGGAUGGACCUCAACCAAGAGCUGACCAUCCUUUGCUGCAAGGCUUGGCACACAAAUAUGGCAAGACUGUUCCACAAAUACUGCUGCGAUAUUUGUUGGAUCGCAAUAUUGUUGCCAUACCCCGAUCAACGAACGAGCAACGCAUCAAACAAAAUAUAGACAUACUAGACUUCAGCCUAAAACCUGACGAAGUACAAGAAUUAUCAAACUUCAAUGUCAACUACAGACUAAGAACUCCUGUGAAAUGGUACGACCAUCUAUAUUUUCCUUUUGAAAAAAAGAACCUUACUAAGGCGGAAAUUAAGUACCUUAUUGAACACAGCAAAGAACAUUGAUACAUUUG